AUGUCAAACUCCCACCACUCCGUUCAGGCACCUGCAGUGACUCCGGGUCACCUGGUCAACAAAGCUGCACCCAACACAACAUACUUCACGCCUCUCCAGAACCCUCCAGCGGGAACUGCACUCCUCACGGAAGCAAAGAAAGAUGUUCCCAAGCUGUUCCGGCCCCUCAAGAUCCGUGGUCUUACCCUUCAAAACCGCAUCAUGCUGAGCCCGCUUUGCCAAUACUCGGCCGAAGAUGGACACUACACCAUGUGGCACCACACGCACAUGGGAGGCAUCAUCCAACGCGGCCCAGGACUCACAUGCGUUGAAGCUACCGGCGUUCAAGCUCGCGGCCGUAUCACUCCUGAGGAUGUUGGAAUAUGGAAGGACAGCCAGAUAGAACCUCUCUCUCGCACCGUAGAAUUCGCUCACAGCCAAAAUCAGCACAUCAUGAUACAGCUUGCACACGCUGGAAGGAAGGCGAGUACCGUCGCACCCUGGCUAAGCGCUGGCGACAUCGCCGGCAAAGAUGUCAACGGGUGGCCAGAUGAUGUCCAAGCUCCAAGCGCCAUUCCUUGGAACGACAAGCACGCUCAACCAAAAGAGAUGACCCUCGAAGACAUCAAUCAGUUCAAGAAGGACUUCUCUGAUGCUGUCCGCCGGGCUCUCAAGGCUGGAUUCGACAUCAUCGAGAUUCACAACGCACACGGAUACCUCCUCCACAGCUUCCUCAGCCCCGUCAGCAACCAGCGGACAGACAAGUACGGAGGUAGCUUUGAGAAUCGCGUGAGACUCACACUGGAAGUUGUUGAGGAGACAAGAGCGAUCAUUCCAAAGGACAUGCCUCUUUUCCUCCGAAUUAGCGCUACCGAUUGGCUGGAGGAGCAGAGCGAUAUCCCAGAGUCCUGGACUUGUGACGAUACUGUGAAGCUGGCUCCAAUGUUGGCCGAGCGUGGUGUUGAUCUUCUCGAUGUUAGUUCAGGAGGCAACCACCCCAAGCAGCACCCACACAGCAAAYCAGCGUACCAGGCACCGUUCGCCAUCAGGGUCAAGGAAGCUGUUGGAAGCAAGAUGGCUGUGGGAUCUGUGGGUUCGAUUGAGAACGCCACGCUCGCCAACAGUCUUCUCGAGAAGGAUGGUUUGGAUCUGGUCAUUGUUGGACGAGGCUUCCAGAAGAACCCAGGUUUGGUAUUUGCGUGGGCGGAUGAACUGGGAGUCGCGGUAAACAUGCCCAACCAGAUUCGAUGGGGUUUUGGAGGACGUGGCGCGAAGAGCGGAACGCCUGCUACAGAGAUUCCUGAGCUCAUUGGUUCUGCUUGA